AUGGGUAAUACCGCCUCCGAAGAGGGAUCAUCAGAACAUCGUAGUCACUCCAUUAUCAGUCCCAAAUCACUGGAAUCAAGCUUAACAACUACUCCCAAAAAAAACUUAAAACCUUCUCUGUCACGUGAAAUGGAAUCAGUAUGGAGUCCCUCGGUGUUAUGCGGCCUGUCCACCCCUCCUUGUCAAAUAUCUCCUUCCUCUAGUGUAGCUGACCUAUCAGGGUCAUUGUAUUCAUCUGUGCCAGCUACUCCAACAUCUGUGAAUGUAACCACACCAACACAAGCCAAUAUAUUCACGUACGGUACUCCAUGGGAUGAAAGCAGGAGAACACCUCUAAGCAAAGCUAACAUCCUUACUCGACUAACAAAGUCUCUCUCCAAAUCGGACACUCCGUCACCCCCUCCCCAGAGCGAGGAAAUUAAAAAAUCCGACCAAAGUUCAGAAACAAGCUCUAAAUAUGAAUCACUGAUAACAGUUCUAGAAAGACAGACUGACACAUCAAAGAAGGAGAGUUUUGAUGAAAACAUAGUUGAAGAGAUGCAGAUGGAAAGGGAUGAGUUGAAAGUGAAGGAGAGGGAGAGGAAAGUUUCAGUCAAGGACUUACCCAAACUAAUAGAAGGUUUGUCAAAGUCAAUGGAACAAGGUCAAGAAGAUGAUGAUGUGAAUGAAGAAAUAUCUGCCAUUGUUAACACGCCCCAUGAUACAGAUAGCGAGAAUAAUGAUGUGGACAGAUCAAGUUCAACUCCUUUUAAAAGUACCACUGAGUUUCUUACAGGACCCUCUAGCUUUCCAGAAAAACAGUUCUAUCACGAUCCUACCCAUGAUGAUCCACAAAUCAAUUUUUGUAGUGAUUCUAGCUCUCAAAUUGAUGAUUUUUUUCGAAUUCGAUCCAGCAGCGAUCCUGUUAGUGCAAAAUCAAAACUUUUUCAGCGUAGGUUAAAUAAACUGGAACAGAAUCAUUCAGGUAGGAGUUCUAUUGAGAGACCAAUUCCUUUUGAAAAACUAGGACUCAUUGAGAACGCUUUUCAGGACAGAUAUUUUGAGAACCCUGCUAUGGUAGACGUGUGUGUUGGAACCGAUGACCGGCCACCCCCGCCUGAUGAAAUCAAUAUACUAAAAGGCCAAGUUCAGUUACUGCACAAUCAAUUGUUGUACGAGCGUCAUAAGCGAGAACUCCAUGCUCAGCGUAAUAGAAGACUUCUGGGAAAAACGCACAAGGCCAUUGCCAUGGAAGAAAUUGCUGCUACUAGACUGGAUGAGUUGAGAUGUAAAGACAAGGAGAACGAGAACAUGAGAAUAGAAGUCACUAAAUUAAGAGAAGAAAACAGUCGAUUGAAAGAAUUUAAUAACAAUGUUACAAAAGAGCAACAAGCUUUCUUGAGGUCGCAUAAGGAAGACAAAGAAAGAUUAGAAUUGAAAAGUAAAGACCAUGAAAGCAAAUUAAGACAACAGGAAGAAGAAAUUGAAGAGCUAACAAAGGAAUUAAAAAAGACCAGUGCUGAGUUGUUUAAUGUUGUCAAUGAACUUGAAGAUUUGAAAGAGAAAGCAGCAAUGACAGAUCUGUAUAAAGCUGAGGUUUCCAGACUUAAGAAGCAGUUGGUGCUAAUGUCAGAAUUUCAACAAAAGGUUUUAGAAAAAACCAAAGAGAACACAAAGUGUAGUAACGAUGAAAAGCUGAUAAUUGAAAAAAAUAUCAAAGAAGAGUUGGUUUGUUACAAAGAUAAAGUUCAGCAUUUAACUCAACAGAUUAGUGCUUACACAUCAAGGAUAAGUGAAUUAGAAGCUACGCUGUCCAACAAAGAAAUGACAGCUGCAGAACAAAAACGAUUUCUUGAAAAUGUCAAGAGUCUUUCAAAAGGGCAGAUACAGGCAAUGGAUGGAAAAUACAAAGCACUGAAAAAAACUAAUCAGCGAUUAGAAGCACACAUUUUGAAAUUGUACAACCAACUAGAACAGAGAGAUGGUGGUGUGAAAGUGCCAGCGAGUCAGUCUGCUAUGAAACACAGAAAAAACAGCCAUGAGCAUUUAACUAAGGAUUCACCACCAGUGAGUCGCGAGAGUCCACUCAGUUCAUGGUCUGCGUCAUCAUCUGUUACAGGUGGUAGCUCAGUGGACAGUGUAUCUGAUGGUAGUCCUGUGAGAAAAAACGUGAAGUUUGCUUCUGACGCUAGUACAUCCCUCAUAGAACCAGUCAGGCCACUAUUCAACGUUAAUAGUCCUAGUAUAACAUUCAGCUCCGAGUCACCAUUUAAAAAAUUCCAUGACACCAGUGGAACUAAAAGCAGUAAGGCAAACACACUGCCUAAGGUUAGGGGUGUUUUCGAACAGUCCAGUACAAUGGCAAGGAGUUACCCACCGCCUGGCAACAUUGAUAGGAUUGUAACAAUGGAAACGCAAAAAUUGGAAGCGAAAAAUUCAGAAGUACAGAAAACAGGGCAAGGAGAAAAAUCAUAGUCAAAGGGAAUCACUAUACAAUAUAUAAGAGAGACAGUCAAAUUACUUGCUUCCUGGUGUGUAAUGUCAUCUUGGCACAUGGAAAUAACAAAUCAGCGUUCUCCUGGGUGUGUAGAGAUCAGUCAUAUGUUUAGAACACUAACAUAUGACAGCUAUGAAGUCAUAAUGCAAGACAGUUUUUUCAAUCCAUGUAAAGCUCAUAGUGCUGUAUGAAAAUGAAAACCGAUUUGAUUUCG